AUGGAUCUUAGUCAAAAUAUAUAUAAGUUGGAUUUGGAAUAAUAAAUUAAUGAUAAGGAUUAUUUAUUAUUAAUUGGUCCAACUGGAGUUGGAAAAAGUAAAUUAUUUAAUUAAAUGAAACUUGAAUAAAUUAACUCAUAAUUUCGAAAUCGUUCUAAAUCAUUAGAUGAUAUAAAAAAUAGUGAUAUAAAUAAUGAAACAAAAAUAUUUAAAGAAGGUAUUCUAGAUAAUUAAUAUAUUAUUGUUGAUACACCAUCAUUAUAAUUAUAAGAUGAUAUAGAUACUAGAGAAUUAAUUAUUAAACAUUUUUAAGAUUAUAUUUCGUCAAGAAAAUAUAUUUCGAGCCUUGCAAUUGUUUUGAACUUUGAAAGAACUGAUUUGAUGAAAAGUAAGGCUUUGCAAGUUGUGAAAUAUUUAAGAAAAUUUAUCAAAAUCAUUUCAAUUAUUAUUGUAAAUAUGGAAUUAAGUGAAAAUGAGGAAGAAGAUUAAUAACAUUUAAUAAAUAGUUUUAAAUUCAUUUAAUACAAUCAAAUAAUAUUUAUUAAAAAGCAGAUGAAUUAAUAACAGAUAUUAGAAUAGAUAAAGAAAAUUAAGUUUAUAAAAACAAAAAUAGAUUUUGAAGAUACGGUCUUUAAAAAUUGCCGUGAAAACGAUGAUAAUAUAAAUAAAAUGUAAUAACUAAUUAUAAGAAAGAUUUAAUCAUUUAAUUUCUUUGAAAUUUAUUUCAUUAAUAUCAAAUGUUUUUAAAUGUAAAAUUAGCUAAUUAUAAGCAUUUAUUUUAAUUUUAUGCAUAAUUUAUUUAUUGAAUCUUGA